AUGCAUCAUGUGGAUCGACUGCAUAAAAAUCGGAACUCAAAGACGAUGACUGAUUCAAAAUGCGUUUCUCCAGCAGCAGUUGCCAAACUUCACCAACAAAUUUUUGGUAAAACAACCGUCUCACCUAAUACGCAAAAGACAAACCAAAAUGCUUCUGUGAAUGAAGAACAAGGAGCUCAUAACGAUGUUUGUUCAUUGAGAGAAACGUGUCCUUUGAGUUACAAAAGGUGCAUCAGCUUUGCCGAUCUUACAGGCACAGAAACUUGGGGUAGUAAUGUAGUCAGCUUUCCCCCUAUCAGUUCAUCAGGAUGCACCUUAAGUUUGAAGAAGCAUGAUGAUUCUAGCUAUGGAGUUUUGCUGCGUCGUGGUCUAUUGAUUCAUCGUGUAUGUCUUCUUGGUGAUGGGGUCAUUGUAGAGGGUCGCUCUGAAGUCUUUCUUACUGAUUAUGUGUUGCAAAAUUGUUCAUGUGGUUUCCUACCAGGUGAUUACCUCGUUGCUAUCAAUGGUGGGCUUGUGAACUCAAUGUCGCGCAAUGAAAUUGUACAGUUAAUUCGUUCUUCUGGCCAUAAUCUAUGUCUAACUGUUCAACCUCUUCCUGAAUUUACUGAAUUCUCUUUUCGAUUAGUUCUUUCUCAGCCUGCUGUAGAAAAUGCAAAAGUAAAACCACAAUAUGUACAGAAUGAUAUUUCAUUGGUAGCUCUCGUCUCCGUGCGCGCAUAUAUCGCUAAACAUAGGGGUUUCAAAAACCUAUAUCUGUACUUACAGAAGAUAAAUUCAGGCUCUUCUGAUGAGUUGAAUGUAGACAGUUCUCCUGACAUGAUGCAUAAGUCUACUAGUAACGAUCAUGUGCAAUCUGGAUGUGAUGAUGAAGAUAAUAGCGAAGUCAGUUUCCCAGUUUGGGUUGCAUUUCGGCAAGGGUAUGUUUCAGGAAAAUUUCUUACCCCACUUCCCAAUGGACGAUGUCGUGUGCUUAUUUUACCUGGGCAAGAAGUAAUUGAAGUGAAUACUGAAGUUGUUGAACGUGCAAAUCCACCAAGCUUUGAUCGUGUUGAUGAUCUAAUUAAAUUACGAUAUAUUAAUGAAUCCAGUGUGACUCAUUCAUUUAUACAACGAUAUGGAUCAGGACUUAUAUUCACUUAUGCAUCUGGUGUAAAUCUUAUCAGCAUUAAUCCUAUGAUGUCACUAAAUAUCUAUUCCGAAAAAGUUAUGGAUUUAUUUACCGAUUGUGAAAUACGGUAUGACAUGCCACCACAUGUAUUUUCUGUUGCUCAACUAAUUCUAGCUCGUUUAAAACGACGCUUAUUCUAUUCAAUUGUUACAAUGGAACAACAACAACAUCUUAAUUCGGAUCCAGUAUAUAAUUUGCCAUUUUCUUUGAGUCAACAAGUACUUUGUUUAUUAGGACGUUCAGGUUCUGGAAAAACUCGUAUAUCCAAUGACGUGUUCACCUACAUGAUUUAUCAAUCUGAAAAAUCUAUGAACGGCUUCAAUCACUCGAAUCAUAAUAACAUUAAUCAUAGUAAUACUAACAAUGCUGUUUCUAGUAGGAUCAAUGCCUGUCGUUUACGUGCAUUAUUCAAUAUGCUUGAUUCAUUCACGUGUUCACGUAUUAUUCUCAAUACAAAUGGAAGUCGUGCUUUACGCCUAUUUUCAUUGGAAUUCGCUAAAAUCCAUGCAUUGCCGAUAGUGAAUCAACCGGAAGAUAUUGGUCUAAUUAUUACAGGUUUAACAACACGCCUGUUAUUAUUCGAGCGUAGUCGUGUUACAGAUCGACCUGAAAGAGAACCUAAUUUUCAUAUAUUUUAUUAUUUGUUAGCUGGUUUGGAUGAUGAAUCAAGGCAAGAACUAUUCUUGACAGAUUUAGAUGCCCCAAACCUGUUCAUGACUCGUUUACAUCGCCCAGAAGAUAAAGAGUCAGCUAAAAUCUUAUGGAAACAAUUAUGUCGUGAUGCUGAAGUUUUACAAUUCGAUUUAAAACAAGAAUGGUUAACUGGUGGAUUAACACGUCUGUUAGCUGUUAUUUAUCAUUUAGGCUGUGCUGGAUAUUGUAAUGAAUUAAAACAGGAAGAUAUGUUAUAUUUUGCAAAUUAUAAAGCUGCUCAACAUGCUGCUUACCUAUUGAAUUGUUCAUUGGAUACAUUGAAUGAGUUAAUUUUUGAACCGAUUAUUAUACAAAAGUCAACUCAUAAUAAUGUCAACACUGAUCAAAAUUCUAUAAAUUGGACUACAAAGGAUUGUUUGCAUGCAUUUGUUCAAGAUCUUUACCAUUUAAUUGUGAAUAUAUUAAUUUGUUUAAUUAAUCGUUGUGUAUCCACACCGAAAUCUGAUGAAUCCACUAAAAUGAAAGUUGCUGCUCAAUUAAUUCUAGUUGAUCCAGUCGGAUUACAGAUUCCACAUUCAACAACAUUUACAGAAUCAUCAGUGACAUUUUCAUCGUCUCCAGAACGCAACGAAAAUCCAAAAUCAGGAAAUUUUUCUGAUCUAAUAUUUAAUUAUGUUUAUGAACGUUUCAAUCAACUUUACUUUGAUAGCACCAUUAUGCUAGAUGAGCAGCGUUUAAAACAUGAUGGUUUAACUUCUCCCGUUCCAUAUGAGAAUUUUUGUCGUACAAAGAAUAUCUUAAAUUUCAUUGAUAAUACCUCAUGGUCUAAGAAUCCGAAUUCGUCCUUAAACAAAGAUACUAGUUUUAACAGUACUACUGCCUGUAAUGCUAUGUUUCCUGGAUUGUUUUGGCUUUUGGAUUCUGUUUCUCAAGGUAGUGAACUGUCUAAGUUAUCAGAAAUAUUAAGUCAAAUGUAUCAAAUACAAAGGAAACAAUAUGAAAAUCGAGAUUUACGAAUUAUUCGUCGGUUUAAACGUUCUGCAUCAUCAUUUAUACUAAAUCAUAAUUUGUCUACAACUCCUAUUGAAUAUACACCAUCUCGAAAUUGGUUCGCACCAUAUCAUCGAUCAACUUGGUGUAAAAAAAUUAUAAGUUUAUUAGGACAAUCCCAACUUGCCUCUCUACGUAGCCUUAUAGGAAUGUUAGAAUAUAAAGAGGAUUAUUUAAGUUCAUUUGUGCCUGUAGGUCCAAAUCAUAUUGGUGUUUGUUCAAAUGUGAAGUCAGUGAUGGAUUUGUUAACCCGUUCUUUGUAUGACUGUGCUGCUCAUAAUGCAUCAUAUAAUCCUAAUGAUCCUGGAUCAGGUUUCAAUGAUGGUGGUCCACCAAGUGGUAUGCAUUGGAUACAUUGUUUCUUGCCGGUAUCUACAGCUGGUCUUUGCCAAUUAAAUGAAGAAAUUUCUAUCAAUCAGUUAAUACGAACGAAUUAUGCUUCUGGUAAUCAUCAUAAUGCUACUACCAGAAUAAACAGUACUUGUAAUAAUAAGGAUAGUAAUGACAUAUUCAAUGAAAGUAAUCCCAAUCCAUCCACUUCAUAUUUACAUGAGUUAGUGAAACGUUAUCCGAAUAAAAACUUAGUGUUCAGUCCAGCUCGUAUAUGCGUUAAUUUAAUACGCUCACAGAUUCGUGGCAUAGAGUUAAUUAAUACAUUGCAAGCUGUGAAAUUAAGUUAUCCAGAUCGUUUAUCCUUGAAAGAAUUUCGUAAUCGUUUCGCCUGUCUAUUACCAUUAAGUUCAAAAGUCAAGGAGUUGAAUAAUGAUGAAUCAUCCAAUAGAACUGUUGCAAAUGAAAUUUUGAAUUCUCUACGUUAUUCUCCAGAAACAUUUCAACUUGGCAAUGCUAAUAUAUACCUUCGUACAUUUAUCAUACCUCAACUUGUUCAUCGGUUAGCCAACUCUUCUGGCUUGUUUACUACUGACCAAGAAUUGAUUCAUGUUCAACCUGCCUGUAAAUCAUAUAUAACUGACUAUGGUGAUGAAGAGAUGGUAGUAGAAGAAAGCAUAGCUCCACGUUUAGUGCCGAAAAAUGCAAAAAGUAAAAGCAUUGAAAUACAGGAAGGUCAAACAACCGACACAUCAGCUGAUUAUGAUGCGUUAGUGCACAAAAAAGGUGUGCUCAAUGGACGACCAUUUGUUUCCUUGAUCGAAUCAGAAGAUAACCCUAUGGAGUAUACCAAGUUAGCAGGAAAUUUCGGACAACCAGCUGUUGAAUGCACGCAGUUUACCCCAAGUCAUGAAGAGAAUGAUAAUAUAUUAGAUAGAAAUACGAUAGAUAAAGAAAUUAUAUUAAGCAGUCCUGGUAGAGUGUCUGUAUCUAUUUCAAGGGAGAUGGGUGAUACACAACCCUGGGAAAGUGGUCACACAGUACUAUAUGGAUCGUCAGAAACUAUAAGGCAUAAUACAGACAAUCCUGAAACUGUAUUGAAAGUUGGCUCGAAUGGAAUUAACAAAGAAAUCCAUACAACUAAACCAUCACCUCAGCCUUCAUUGAACAACUCUCAUAUUUUUGAAAGAAAAGUGGGUAUUCAUCCACUGUCAGUUUCAUUGAAAUCGGUUAGAAAUGGUUUUGAUCCUCAAGAAAAAAAUUUCGAUAAGCAAAUAAAACUUGAAGAAACUAGAUUACAUUCAUCCUCUCUCACUGAUUCUAAUGGUGAAACACAAAUUUUGAUACGUAGCAAUCCGUUGAGUCAUUCACUAGAUUGUAUGAAAAGUGAUAGUAAUGUUCAUAAGAAAGGAAUUGAUUUGACAGCUUCAUUAAAUAAUGCUGACCUGUUUCCACGAGAGCUACAACUCACAAAGCAUCAGUCUAACUUAUUAUUGAAUGAUAGAGCUGAUUGUGAUGGUAUUCAGAAUUGUAUAAUUACUACACCAGAUUUCUUAUCUGCCUCACCACAUACAAGUCGGUCUUUAAAUAUCCAGUUGACUGAAACUGAAUGUGAAUUGACGAAAUUAAAGCGUUUAUAUUCUGAAGCUGUGAAACGUAUUAAAGAGUUGGAAACUUUGUUAAAUGAAUUAAAAUCUAAAUUGUCAACAGUUUCGGCUGAAAAUAUACGUUUUAAACAGGAUCGGGAUCGUGCUAGAACUGAUUUAGAGUUGGCUGAAGAAAAUCGUCUACAAGCUGAACAACAAGUUAAGACAUGCGUUAAAGAUGGGGAGCAUGAAUCUUCAGAAUAUACUAUUUUAUAUCCUAAUGCUCCAGAAAAAUUAUUAGAAGAAUUACAUCAACUUCGUUCUUCUAAUCAUUCGUUAACCCUACAAAUGACUGAUUUACAAGCUACACUAAAUGAUUUAAAAAAAGAAUUAGAAAUAACUUAUGGAAAUUAUCAAAAAUCUGAAAAAACUAUUGAAAAAUUACGUUCAGAUUUAAUGCGUAUACAAGAUGAACAUGAAGCAAAUUACGAAGAAACUCAUAAUGCAAAUCAAGUUAAACUGAGACAACUAGAAGAAAGACUAGAUGCAACACAACAAGAGAAUUCUCGUUUAACUAGAGAUAAACAUCAAUUGGAGUUGGAAGUAUCAACACUUGAUGAAGAAUUAAAAAAUGCUUUAGCUUCUUUGAAUAAUGAUGAAAUUGAACGCAAGUUAAGAAAAGAACUGAAAAUCAUGAAGAGUCUUCUCGCUGAAAAAGAUAGCGUAAUACUUGAAAUAUCUUCAAAUCCUGAAGAUUAUCAAGCUCAAAUUAAAAAAUUGCGUGAUCGAGUCGAUGAAUUAGAUGAAUUGAAUGAAAUAGCUAAUCGUCAAAAACGUGUUCUACAAACUGAUUUAGAAGAUGUUCAACAACAGCUAUCCAGUGCAUUACGUACACAAAAAGAGUUUGCAGAAGAAUUAUCUCGUUCAAAGCGUGAACUGUUAGAAUUACAAAAUCAAUUCACUGACCAAGAAGAAGCACAUAAAGAAACACGCGAUAAGCUUCAUGGUACAAUGGCUAAUCUAACUGUUAAAGAGGCUACAAUCCAAGCACAAGUGCAGGAAAUUGAAGAAUUUCUUGUUGAAAGAAAAGAGAUGCAAUCUCAGAUAGAUGAAUUAAAGUUGAAUUUGAAUACAAAUACUAUAGAUCAGGUUCCUCGCAGUGAUUUGGAGCGUUUAGAAGCUAAAGUUCGCGAGUUGGGACAACGUUUAGAUAUUGAAGCUAGUAAUCGUAUACGUAUUCAGUAUUCACUUGAUCGUGCACGGGAAUCAAUUGAACAACUCACAAAUGAACGUGACAAGCUUUUGGCUUCUGAAGCGAAUGAACGUGAACAGAAUCGUAAACUAGCUAGACAACUUCGUGAAGCACAGCAGGAUGAAAAGGAAGCAUCUAGACGUGCUACAGCAGCUCAGCGGCGAGCUGAAGAAGCCCAAUUAGAUGCAAAUAAAGCGAUACAUGAAGCUGCAUGUUCACGUGCCGAAAUGAAUGCUUUACUAAGACGCACACAAGACUUAGAAGCGCUUAUUAGGACGAAACAAAGUGAAUUAGACUAUGAAGAUCUAUUGUUAUAUGAUUCUUCAGGUGAAGAUCUCGCUUUAGGGGGAUUGAAAGGAUCCCGAGAUCAUCUAUUGCGGUCAGCUUUGAAUCGCUCUUCUUCUAGAUCAUCUGUGGAAUAUUCUGUUUGUUCCGAUGGUGAAGGUGAUGAUAACAAUAUGAAUGAUCAUGAUAAUAAUGAUUUCAAAACAAUAGCAAAUAAAUCAAGAACUACUAACAAUACUACUAGGAAUGAUAAUGAUGAUUUGUUAACUAAUCCAUUUACAGGAAAAAAAUCCUACGGUCGUUCUCAUCGAGGUGUACAUAAAUUUUGUUUGCUCAAUCGGGCAUUUUCUGAUGAUAAUCUUCCAUACUUGCCAAAUCGUUUAUCAGAUCACCUGACCACAGCGACUACUACCUAUUGUGAAUCACUGCCCAAUAAUUCAUUCAAUGAUAGUAAAACCAACAGCGCAAGACAGCAGCCUAUUAAACGUAAGAAACGUCAAUCACUAUUACAGUCAAGAUCUGCUUCUUCAUUUGUCUCAUUUUCAAAUAAUUCUAGUUCUGUUGGGAAUAAUUCUUCACAAACAUGUAAAGCACAAACUUCGGACGAAAAAAAUCUUCAUUCUUCAUGUUUAACUUCUAUGAACAGUAUUGAGACAACAAGCGUUUGUACUCAUGAUAUACAACCAGAAAUUAGUGCUAUUACUCCUUCUAAUAAUAGUAAUGACAAUACUAAAAGUCAACCUAAUGAAAAUAUGUUGUUCUCUUCAAAUGUAUGUGUUUUAACUUCACCGAAAUUUAAACAAACUGUCACCAUUAAACAUGUUUAUCCUGAUUCGAUGCAAAAAUCAAAUUUGGAAAUAUAUCUCACAGAUGAUUCUAACAAAGAUCGUAAUAACAAUGAUAAAAAUUGCACUAAUUGUAACAGCAAUCGUAGUAGUGUUAACUCAAGUAAUAACAGUAGCAAGUGUACUUGUGGUAAUUACAUUAUUGAUGUAACACCACGUAAUCAAUCACCUUGUGUAUCACCUUCACCAACUUCAAUAUCUCAUAGUUUUGACCUAUCGAAUAAAACCAAUUUUGAAAUAUUUCACUAUGGUAAAUUGAAUACAUCAACUACCAGCUCAUAG